AUGAUAAAACGACCUAUAAAAACGUUUAAACUAUCUGUUGACAUCCUACGCACAGUUAGUGGUAUUCGUCUUCCCGUUAGAUGCUAUAUAGUUGAUGGUCUUCCUGUUGGUUCAUGCAACUAUACUGCUGAUGAAAUGUGUAAAUUAAUCAGCAAUUGGUGGCCAAAAACAUUCGGAUUAUAUUUAACUUCACUCGUUUCAACUAUUCUUGGAAACAAUUGCAAUGGUUUUUUACGUGAAAUACCAAUCAAUCAAAUUGUUACUUAUAAUGAAAUACUUGAAUUACCUAAUCUUUCUGGAAGUAUUUUAUCGUUUUUAAUGUCUGGUGAUUUUGACGUCAAAAUCGUGGCUAUGGAACAAAAUACAAAAAUUUUCUGUGGAACAUUCAAAUACACAAUAAAAUCAAUAAAAAACGGUUAA